AUGGUGGCAAAGUUGGGUUUGAAAGUUCAGAAACAUCCAAAGCCAUACCGGUUGCAGUGGCUUAAUGAAGAAGGAGAAAUGAGAGUCUCAACUCAGGUUCUGAUUCCCAUAGCCAUUGGUAAAUACGAAGAUGAGGUUCUAUGUGAUAUACUACCUAUGGAGGCAAGCCACAUUCUUCUUGGACGACCUUGGCAAUCAGACAGGCGUGUGAUGCAUGAUGGUUAUACUAACAAGCACACCUUUGAGCAUAAUGGCAAGAAAACCGUGCUGGUGCCUCUAACUCCCAAAGAGGUUCAUGAAGAUCAACUUCAACUUCAGAAAAAGAAGAAGAUCGAUCUCAAGCCUGAUCAAAGCAAGCAACACAAUCUCUAUGCCAAAACAGGGGAGAUCAAAAGAAUUCUCUACUCUCAAAAUUCUUUUGUUUUACUCAGGUUUAAAGAAAACCUUCUAACUGUUGCUAAUAAAACACCGGAUUAUCCGAGUGAACUAUCUUCUCUUUUGCAGGAAUACAAAGAUAUCUUUCCAGAAGACAAUCCAAUUGGGUUACCUCCAAUUUGUGGGAUUGAGCAUCAAAUAGAUUUUGUUCCUGGAGCUACACUUCCAAACCGGCCAUCUUACAGGACCAACCCUGUUGAAACUAAAGAGCUACAAAAGCAAGUGGAGGAGCUUAUGGAAAAGGGACAUAUCAGAGAAAGCAUGAGUCCUUGUGCCGUUCCAGUGCUUCUUGUGCCAAAAAAAGAUGAUGGUGUUAAAGUGGAUCAAGAAAAGAUCAAAGCGAUCCAAGAAUGGCCAAGUCCAACCACCGUGAGUGAA